UGUAAGAAUGACUUGUUCCAAAUGUACUCAAUUGGAAAAGGAAUUGGAACAAAAGAAUGCGCAAAUUGUUCAUUAUGAGGGCAAAAUUAGCGUUACGGUUAAUGCAUACAAAAUGCUCGAAACACAGAAACAAUCUUUAGAGGUUGCGUUGGGUGUUCUUUCUGAAAAAAUGCCAGACGAAACGAACAGUGAAGGAAAUCAGGAAGAGAAUAACAUUGAAAGUUCAGCUGAAACUUCGUCGCAGUUAAAAGAAGAAAGUGAUGACAAAAUAUCCUCAAAGGCCAAAAGCCAACUACAGUCAUUACGUGAUGCAAUAGCAACUUUGACUUUAAUAAACAAGCGCAAGGAAAUCGAGUUUAAGCGCGACAGACGAACUUUAUUGGAAGCAAAAGAGGAGGCCCAGAAAUGCGCUACAAAAUUUGAGGAGCAACUUAAUCAGCAACUUCAAAAAACAAAAUCACAGAAUUUGGUAUUUUUAUACUUUCUGUCAAGAUCUACUUUAUUUCAGCGUCGUCUUCGAGAACAAUUAGCCGAAUCGCAGAAUGAAUUAGAACGAGCAACGACGGAGCAUGGAAUGAUGCUAGCUGAAAUGCAACAACAAUAUGGACGAGAAAAAAGACGUUCAGAAAAUCUGGAAAAUCAGAUUACUGAAAUGAGCCAACGUCUUGCUUUAAAAGAUGAUUUGCUAAAACGAGCAGAAAUACAAUUAAAGGAAAUACCAAAGCUGGAACAAGAGAUAAAUGCUCUUCGAAAAAAAGCUGAAUUGACACCUAGUGUUUGUGUUAUUCGUGAUGAGUUAGAGAAUGUUAAGAGCAAGAAGUUGCCACUUUAA